AAGACCAAUCGCAGACAGUUUACAGAGAAAGAAAUUGACAAAUUGACACACUCUCUCUCUCACACACACGCGCGCGCGCUCGCCCGGAGGAUAGCAGAGGCCAGACAAUAUGCCAACGCUAACAAAGAUUUAUACAAUGGAAGAAGCAUCUGAACACAACACCAAAGACGAUUGUUGGGUUGUAAUCGACGGCAAGGUGUAUGAUGUGUCAUCAUAUUUGGACGAACAUCCUGGUGGAGAUGAUGUUUUACUUAGGGCUACUGGAAAAGAUGCUACUGAUGAAUUCGAAGAUGCUGGGCAUAGCAAAACUGCAAGGGAGCUUAUGGAGCAAUACUGCAUCGGGGAACUUGAUCAAACGCCGCCUCCUAUUCCAGAGCUGGAGAUUGUAUCCAAGAAGCAAGAUCUUAAGGGCCUUCCACAGAAAGUUUUGAACUUCAGUAAGCAAUACUGGGUUGUACCGGUAACUGUCGUCGGGUUAUCGGUGGUUGUUGGCUUCUUGUACUUGAGGAAGAAGUAGAAGAUGUCAAAUCUCCUCAUGGCCACUCAGACGGAGUUCUAAUUUAUGAAUAUUUUUGUACCAUUGGGUUUAUUGUAGGAAACUCUCCUGGCCCCCUAAUGCUCAAAAUCCGGACAGAAACCAAAUUUUGUUUUUGGUCAUUUACAGAAAUUGUUUGCUCAAUGAGUUUAAUUUAAACAUUGUGUUGCCAGUGA